AGGUUUGAACCAACAAAGUCAACAAAGGGAGCUAGUAAAAUGCGUCGUGACCUCAUCAAUGCAGAGAUCUCUAACCUGCGGGAUCUUCUCCCACUACCGCCAUCUACCAGACAGAGGCUCUCACAACUGCAACUCAUGGCACUCGUCUGUGUGUAUGUUAGGAAAAUGAACUAUUUCCAACAAGUGUUCAAAAGUCACGACUUCAGCUAUCAGUAUCAAGAACAACCGACUCCCACACCUAAUAUUGGAUUUUCUAAGGCAAUGAACGGUUUUAUGAUGAUGAUGACACAGAAUGGAAAAUUGUUGUAUAUAUCGGAAAACGCGGCGGAGUAUUUGGGGCAUUCAAUGGUAGUCCUUGUUCGCGGUCACUACGUGUCGUACCUGCCGCUGUGCAGCCGCAACGAGCCGGUAUUCCUGGCCGUGUGCACGCCGCUCGCCAUGCCCGAGACGCGCGAGUGCGUCGUGCACGGCGCCACCAACGUCUUCACCACCGUGCACGCCAUGGACAUGAAGAUCUUGCACAUUGAUGCCAAUGAAGAAGAAGCAACGAUAAUGUUGGCCAACUCCUGGCUAUACCAAUACUAUGGUUACCAGAACCAGCCCUGUGGCAUGCUGGACCCUCGCUGUCAAAAGUUCUUCAGAAGAGACCAGUGUUACCAAGAAUAUCAGGAGUAUCCUUACGUGGAAAGCCAAGAGAUGGAGUAUGCUGGUUACCACGUGUCUUCCUAUGUGCAGCCAAAAGUCGAUGAAUAUAAUGGAUGUGAGCGAGUGUACUCGGAAAGGGGACCUGUUGAUUAUUCUACGCAUUCGCCGCAGUCCACUAUUAGUGAAGAGAGAUCACCUCAUCACUACGAUCCACCACCAGAUAUCAUAGUGAACAGCAAUAUGUACAUGUACCCACACCACGGCAAAAGGGAGUACUAUGAACAAUAUCCCAGGGUCAACUACCAUAUACAGGAGCCCUGUUCCAGUACUGUUAUUGAAGGUAUGGAAUACCCAAGUCCGAAGCGUAUGCGGUUAGCCCCACCUCCUCUAACCCUGGAAGAAACUGAUGGCAUGGACAGAUGGAAUCCUAGUCCACCCUGGUCGGAUACCACGCUCAAAAUUCCCGACUACACCCAGCGGUUUACCUACAACCACAUGGUACCAAUGCCUCCCGAAAGAGCAAUGGUCACCUAAUAUUUUUAAUUUAAUUU